GGAGUUUGCGCAGGGCAUGAAUGGGGUGACGCUUGGUCGGUGAGCUUGGUGGCUCCGCUGAGCUCGACCGGUCGAGAGGGAGCUGAGGCAUCGCGAGUCGAUGGCAGCGUCGAUUGGAAGAUGUGUGCGUGUCCUAGACUUCUGCCUCCACGAGAAGGCGAGACGUUUGCUCGGAUAGGUCUGUUCGAUGUAUGAGGAGCUUCAAAGCUUUGACAUUCAUUCGUAUCCUGUCUCUCUGGUAGCCUGGCCAAAUGCUGUACAAGGUGCAAGGUGGACUCUCUUGAAAUCCAGACUGCGGUAGUCGAUGUGAAAGAAGUAGUAAUGACUGAAUAGGAGAUGGUCUGUGAAGGAUCAAUGUAACUUAUACCGUGUGACAACUCGAAGGCAGGUGUUGCCAGGAUAUGACUUGAUCACUGUGCCGCAUGCACAUUCUGCCAACAGACCAACAACAUGCUGGGGAGGGCAUUGCUGAGCUUGCAUAUCGAAUAGACGCAUACGACAUCCAAGAAAAUCUGCGCCGGGCUAGGGCACCCGAUCGCGCAAGCAUCCGGAGGCAUGGCUGAGGUCGUCGGUCUAUCGUCCUGUUCUUUGCCGCGGCGCUUGCAAUGAGGCGCAGAGAUCCGUUGGCUGUAUGCGAUGAGUCGGCGUAUCCGGACGCAAGCAACAGAUCUGCAUCGCAUGCAACCUUGUCUGUCGAAGGUGCCAUUAGAGCCUGGCAGCCAUCGGUUUGCCGCCCGGCUUUGGUCUGAGAAAAUCGCGGCAGUGCCGCCUUUCGACGCAGGAACUCGGCAGAUGAGCAGGAGAGGCUCGCCAGAUUGAUGUAUGGCGUCCUCAAAGAUCGUCGCAUUGACAAGUCUUGAUGUUGUUG